GGCUUGACUCAACUUGUCAAAAUGGCGUUGUUGGUAGUAGGAGACUUGAGUUAGUUCAUGUUAUACACUGCCAUUUAUUCAGUUAUUGGGCAACAUACGCAACAUUAGCCACGAAAGUAUGGCGACCCUGGAUCAGAAAUCACCCAAUGUGCUUCUCCAGAGCCUCUGCUGCAGAAUAACGGGGAAAAGCGAAGCUGAAGUUGCCCACCAGUUCCAGUAUGCAGUGCGAGUCAUUGGCAGUAACUACGCCCCCACUAUUGAACGGGAUGAGUUCCUGGUGUCAGAGAAGAUCAAGAAAGAAUUGCUGAAGCAGAGGAGAGAAGCAGACGCUGCUCUGUUCUCAGAGCUGCAUAGAAAACUUCAGACGCAGAGUGUUCUGAAGCAUCGCUGGUCUGUUCUCUACUUGCUGCUCAGCCUCUCUGAAGACCCCCGCAAACCCUCCAGCAGAGUUGGAAAUUAUGGAGCACUCUUUGCCCAGGCCCUCCCCAGGGACGCCCACUCCACCCCGUUUUACUGCACCCGGCCCCAGAGCUUGGCCCUGGGCUACGGGGAGAGGAGCGCCGGUCUAUCAGCCAGUGUGGGGACCAGCGGCAUCUCCAGUCUGGGAGUGUACACACUGAACGGGCCCACGGCGACGCCGCAGUCACUGUUGGCUGGUCAACCAUCUCAGUCUGCAGCAGGAAGCAGCCAGACUCUGGGCUCUCGGCUGGCCUGGGCUCUUCCUGUAAGCUGCUCCCCUUCCUCCGCCCUGGCCCCGCUCGCCAUUCGACCGCCCCUCGGACCUCCAGUUCCCUCCUCCAGAGUGGUCCGUCCUCGCCAAGACGGGGAGGUGAGCGAGGCGACGCUGGUGCGAGACAUCCUCUACGUCUUCCAGGGAAUCGAUGGCAAGUUCAUCAAGAUGAGCGCCCAGGAUAACUGCUACAAAAUAGACGGCAAGGUGGUGCUGUGCAAGUCUCUAAGAGACACUAGCAGCCGGCUUUCUGAGCUCGGCUGGCUCCACAACAAAGUCAGGAAGUACACCGACGCCAGGAGCCUGGACCGGGCCUUCGGACUGGUCGGACAGAGUUUCUGUGCCUCGCUCCACCAGGAGCUGAAGGAGUACUACAGGCUACUGUCUGUCCUCCACUCCCAGUUGCAGGUAGAGGAUGAGCAGGGUGUACUUGUGUGCACAGAGAGCAGUCUGACUCUCAGGAGGCUCCUGGUCUGGAUGUACGACCCCAAAAUCCGACUUAAAACGCUGGCCGCCCUCGUCGACUUCUGCCAAGGUCGUAAAGGAGGCGAGCUGGCCUCAGCUGUCCAUUCUUACGGGAAAACAGGAGACCCACAGAUGAGAGCGCUGGUUCAACACAUCCUCAGCCUGGUGUCCAACCCCAUCCUCAGCUUCCUGUAUAGGUGGAUCUAUGACGGAGAGCUGGAAGAUACCUACCACGAGUUCUUUGUAGCAUCAGAUCCCAACGUGAAGACAGAUCGUCUGUGGCACGACAAGUACUCCCUCAGGAAGUCGAUGAUCCCCACAUUCAUCACCAUGGACCAGGCCCGCAAGGUUCUGCUGAUCGGUAAAUCCAUCAACUUCCUGCAUCAGGUUUGUCACGACCGAACACCGCCGGGCCAAAUCACGGCAGCAUCCAACUCUGCAGACACACCCAGAGAUGCUGCAGAGCUUCUGUCAGACCUGGACGGGGCGUUUCAGGAGAAGAUCGACGCCGCCUACUUUGACACCAGCAAAUACCUGCUGGACGUUCUCAACCGCAACUACCUGCUGCUGGAGCAUCUGCAGGCCAUGAGGAGAUACCUGCUGCUGGGCCAGGGAGACUUCAUCAGGCACCUCAUGGACCUGCUCAAACCGGAGCUGGUGCGUCCCGCCACCACUUUGUAUCAACACAACCUGACUGGUAUCUUAGAGACGGCAGUCAGAGCCACAAACGCCCAGUAUGACAAUGCAGAGAUCCUCAAGAGGCUGGAUGUACGCCUGCUAGAGGUGUCUCCUGGUGAUACGGGCUGGGAUGUUUUCAGUUUGGACUACCACGUCGACGGACCCAUUGCUACGGUGUUCACAAGGGAGUGUAUGGGCCACUACCUGCGUGUGUUUAAUUUCCUGUGGAGGGCCAAGAGGAUGGAGUACACACUGACUGACAUCUGGAAGGGACAGAUGUGUAAUGCCAAGUUGCUCAAAACCAUGCCUGAGUUGUCCGGCGUGCUUCAUCAAUGUCACAUCCUGGCCUCCGAGAUGGUCCACUUCAUCCACCAAAUGCAGUACUACAUCACCUUCGAGGUCCUGGAGUGCUCCUGGGACGAGCUGUGGAACAGAGUGCAGCAGGCUCAGGACCUCGACCACAUCAUCGCAGCACACGACCUCUUCCUUGACAGCGUCAUCUCAAGAUGCCUGCUGGACAACAGCAGCAGGAAUCUUUUAAACCAGCUGAGGGCCAUUUUUGACCAGAUCAUCGAGUUUCAGAGCGCCCAGGACUCGCUCUACCGCUCGGCACUGGAGGAACUCACCCUCCGGCUGCAGUUUGAAGACAAGAAGCAACAGAGAGAGGAGGAGGGUCAGUGGGGAGUGACGGCCGAACAGGAAGCAGAGGAGAAGAAGAGGAUUCAGGAGUUCCAGGAAACCAUACCAAAGAUGCGCUCCCAGCUCCGCAUCCUCACCCACUUCUACCAGAACAUCGUCCAGCAGUUUCUGGUGUUGCUGAUGACCAGUACGGAUGAGAGUCUACGUUUCCUCAGCUUCAGACUGGACUUCAACGAGCACUACAAGGCCAGAGAGCCGAGGCUGCGAGCCUCACUGGGCACCAAUUGGGGACGACGAUCGUCAAAUAUGUGACAUGACGACGAUGAAAUGGACGAGCUCGGCUCCCAGUCAUUGGAGCAUUGGGGUAUAACAUCACAGUUGUGACAUCACAGAGACGGCCAGCAGACUUAAAGCACUUACAUGUUUUGAUGAUGUCAUGCCUUGGGAGGAGCGAUCCAGCGCUGUUCUGGAGGUCGCCAAGCGAUGACAUCACAGCAGACGGCUCCGGCGAAGUCGGCUGCGUGGAGUCGCGAAGGAAUAAAGUCCAGUUAGUCAAACUUUCGCAGCUCGUCGUGACAUGAGGAGUAAACACCGUAAGACAGACUCGAAAAUUCAGCAAGAAUUCUGCAGAGCUUGAGGUCAAUUUGGGAAAACGCCGCGAGAGGAGGGAAAGAAAAGCAGCUGUCAGACUGAGCUCCCCGAGUCGCACAGGGCCACCUCACAUGGCAUGCCUUAUUAUUAAUGGGAAGAAACCUUUUCUCUCAGCGUGGUUGCCAAAUCUAGUCCCAACACACAUAAUGUAUGUACAUAGAGUUUAUGCAAAAAUGUAUACGUAUGUGUAUAUUUGCAUCUUUACACGUCACCUGUGGCUUUGCAUCUUGUCACUAGGGUUCAACCGAUAUGGGUCUGAUAUUGAUAUUUUUUCAAUUUUGUAUUUGUAGCAGUUAUUAAAAUGAUUUAAAUUUGAGCAUUUUCAGAACAAUUGUUCCAUAAAACGCAGUGUUUCCGCGGGGGAUUGGUAAGGUGGAAACAAACAGUACAGACAGAAUAUUUAUGGUCAGUAUUGGGACACCAGUAUAUCGGUCUAACCCUAGUUCUCCUUAAAAUUCAGGUUUUCUUAGUGUGUCAGGUCAGCUGUCCAAUCACAAUCAUACAGAGGAUGUUAAACUACACAUCACACACACACACUGAUAAUUCUGCUUCCACUGACAUGAAGACAAACGUGGCUCAUACAGACAAAAAGCCCUUUUGUUGCCGACUUUGUUUACACCUUAUAUUAACAUCUGAUGUUAUUUGUUGAUUUUUAUAGAUUAGAGAUUACAUUUGUGAGGCGUAGGAAACAGAAAUCUGCUUUACCUCGACUGAAAACUUGACAAAGGAUGUUAUUAAGAGAUUAGAUUGUACUUACUUGUGGUUUCCCUGCUUAGUUUGCAGUUUGUAGUCUGUAUGAGCCAUGGAUCAUGUCAAAGCAACAAUCCUCACAACAACCACAACAACCUCACUCUUCUCAUUGCAUAAACAGGAACUAUAAGUGUUCAGAUGUCUCUUGAAAAUAAUGUAAAUAUUUCUAAAUGAAAGUCCAUAUUUAAAGAAUUGAAUGGGUAUAAAUGUGUAAACUUGGGCUGUUUAUUUUCUGAAAAGUUGCUGGUGGUGUUGAGAAGUGAGGUUUUCUCCACGUGCAUAUUGAGAUGAAGAUGCUGACAGUAUCCAGGGGGGGGGGGGGGAUUGGUUCAGUAUCGUAGCACUGUCGCAGUUUAUUUGCUCCAUACUUUUUAUUAUUUGGACAUAACUGUUUGCUGGGAGUACACAGCCGAUUGAAGAGUGAACAGCAUUCGAAUCAUCCACUUAUACAAUCAUUUCCAUAUGAACAGCUGUGAGCAAUGAUCUCACCUUGUAGGAGCUCUGAUCCUGCGUCAGGGAGGACAUGUUUCUAUAAGCAAAAGAAAAUGACACGUGCAUUUAAGGAUAUGGUUAAUGUAGUAUUAUAGAUUGCAUCAAAAUCUAAAUGAUUUGCUUUUCACGUAUUUGUUCAAAUUGAGUUUCUUCUGUGAAAUAUUUAUUAUUUAUUCUGCAGAACAAACUCAGUUUUUGGAAAUUCUUUGAAUCUACAAAACACUGUUUUCAGCAGCAGAUGUUGCAACAUCAGCCCUGCAGUCACUGCACAGAU